CGCCCGAUGGCCUUUCUCAACUUUUCCCUAAACCUGUGCAAUGUGCAGUUUUUAUAGGUUAGAAUAUCGGUCUUCGUUAAGAAAUUCAAUAAAAUCAUUCGAAAAGUUUUAAUUAAUGAGAGAAUCAGUUAUAAUGCAAGUUUAAGAAGUUCUGUGCUAAAUAACCAACCGAUAUCUCGAUAUCUGAUGGGUGAGGAAGACACUCGAGCGGAUCUAACCUAGAUUUUUCUGAAGGGAAAAAAAUAAAUCGUAGAUAGAUUUAAAACAAUUAUCGGCAUAGCUAGAAAAUAAAAUAAAAUAAAAUAAGAAAGAAUGAAUGCGACUCGUGUAACGCGUAAGUCGAUUCGACUUUGCAAACGUUUCGUAAACACCGAGGCGAGACGUCGAAACAGACCGGAGUGGGUAAAACCGGUGGGACAUCAAACCGAAGUGUCUGUAUAUAACCCGAUAACGAAGUGCAAAGUGCCGCUGAUCCUGAAAACGAAAAAUAUUUUAAAGUGGUACAUCUGCGGACCUACGGUGUACGACUCGGCGCACAUUGGACACGCAACCACUUACAUAAAAUCAGAUAUCAUUCGUCGAAUUCUGUCGGAUUAUUUUAAUAUAGAUGUGUUACUAGUUAUGGGUAUAACCGAUAUUGAUGACAAAAUAAUCAGACGUUCCAUUGAAAGUGAAAAAGAUUUCAAGACUUUAUCCAGGCAUUUUGAGUCUGAAUUUUUUGCGGACAUGAACAAGUUGAAUAUUCGCGAGCCAUAUUUACACUGUAGAGUUACAGAUUAUGUACCACAAAUUGUUCAGUUCAUUGAGAAGCUUAUAGCCAAGGAUGAUGGUUACGUUGCAAAAGAUGGAUCUGUUUAUUUUAAUACCAGCAAGUACAAAAACUAUGGUAAAUUAUCAGUUCUACCUGAUGUUGCAAAUGAUCAGCCUGUUGCGGGUAAAAAAUCAGUAUUAGACUUUGCACUAUGGAAAGCAGCAAAAGAUAACGAACCAUCUUGGAAAGCUCCAUGGGGCUGCGGCAGACCAGGAUGGCACAUAGAAUGCAGCGCGAUUGCAAGCGCAGUCUUUGGAAAUUCUAUAGAUAUGCACAGUGGUGGAGUAGAUUUGAUUUUUCCACAUCACGAGAAUGAAGAGGCACAGUCUUGCUGUUAUCACGAUGUCGACCAAUGGGUUAAUUACUGGCUUCACUGUGGCCAUUUAAGCCUGAAAGGCGAUGUGAAGAUGUCGAAGAGUCUAAAGAAUACUAUAAGCAUACAAGAUUAUCUCGAAAACUAUUCGGCAAAUCAUCUUAGAAUGCUCUGUCUACUUUCUCAUUAUCGAAAUGGUAUCGAAUUCACGGAUGAAGUCAUACAAACUGCGAUGUCGGUAACCAAGAAGCUUGAUAAUUUCAUAAACGACUGUGAUAAUUAUGUUGCUGGAAGAUUUAAAGCUGGUGAAAUUGACGAAAAUCUUUUGUUUACGACUUUGGAUGACACAAGAAGUCGGGUUUACUCGGCAUUGGCAGAUGAUUUUGACACUUCAAAAGCAAUGCAUGCGAUUAUAAAUCUUGUUAGGGUAGGAAACAAAAUGCUUCAUCAAGAUAAUACACCAUCUCACAGUAAUAAUGUAAGCGCUGUUGCCGCCGUUUCGAAUUAUCUUUCGAAUAUUCUCUCGAAGCUUGGCAUUUCACAAUCCACAAAAUCAACAGCAGAAAAUAGACAGGUUGAAGACAUUAUUGAUCAUUUUCUGAACUUCAGGAAGGCUGUCAGAAUCCGAGCGCUUGAGCAAAAUCCAAAGGAUACAAUUUUAUUGAAAGAGUGCGAUAAUGUACGAAAAUGUUUAUCCACUUGUGGGAUUACAGUAAAGGAUCAACAAAAUGACGCCAGCUGGAGUUGGAAAUAAUUAUAUCUCGAAUAAAAAAAUGUAUUAAAAUUA